AGAAAUCUUGUAACACAAGUGAGAAAAGCCUUGUUUAGGUUAUUUCAUUUCAAUGAUUGGUAUGCUUUGUGUAUAUAUAUAAGACUAAUUGGUUGGCAUUGAGUUGAAAGCCAAGAAGCUUGCAACUGUACAUUGUGAGCACGUAGAAGAUAGAACCAAAUCAAGUAUAUAUUUAUAUACAAGAUAUAAACAUAGAGAAAUUAAGAAAGCAUUAAGAGAUGAGCAUGAUACCAAUCAUUAGCAAACUAUACUGUUCAUCUUCUCAGACGGUGCUGGAGGUUAGGAAGAGGCCACAUGUGGUGAAUGGAGGGGGUUUUGUGGUCACGGAUUGCAGUGGCCAAAGGGUUGUUUUCAGGGUUGAUGGCUGUGGGAUUCAUGGCACAAAGGGACAGUUGAUUCUAAGAGAUGGUGAAGGAGAUGCUUUACUUCUCAUCCGUCGAAAGGGAGGCAUGGUUGAGGCCCUUAGCAUUUACAAGAAGUGGAGAGGUUAUAGUCUAGACUAUGAAGGAUUACAGAACCUGGUUUUCAGCUUGAAGGAACCCAAUUCUUGUUUGGUUAAGAACAAUGGGAUUAGAAUCUCCAGUGAGCCAAAGGCUGCUAGUAACAAAGGCUGGGACUUUGAGAUCAGAGGUUAUUUCCCAGAUAGGAGUUGUAGCAUUGUUGACAUUAGGGGCAAUGUAAUAGCCCAGGUGGGGGUGAACAAGGAAGUGGAGAAAUUGAUGGCAAGUAAGGAUCUGUAUCAUGUGGUGGUGAAACCUGGGAUGGAUCAAGCGUUUGUUUUUGGAGUCAUUGCCAUUCUUGACUACAUUUAUGGCGAAUCCACGUAUUGUUGAGUCCGAAAUUGUGCAGGGCGUGCUAUGUUUUGCUGAAUUAUUAUUGUAUAAAACAAUUGGUUUACUCUUAUAACAAAUAUGUAUAAUUUUGGAGAAAUUAAGGGGAUAAUAAGCAACUGGUCUAGGAAAAUGUCGUAUAUGAUGGAAAGGAAAUUGGACUGUUAGUUUACGUGAAGCUAUUGUUAUAAUAUCGUUAAUUCGCUUUACUUGUUUGACAAUGAUGGAUGUGAAUGUAAUUUAAUUAUUCCUAGUGCUUAUCUAUAGGCUGAUAUCGAAUCUUUGUGUGAAAUUGGAUUGGUGAUGAAUGAAUUUUAAAAGUUUGGGACUGAA